AAUCUACAAAUAUAAUUAAAACUCUACCUUCUUUUUCUUUCUUUAUUUUUAUUUAUUUAUUAUUGGAUAUGUAAAACUCUUUUCUUUUUUUUAUCCAAAUGAAAAACUAUUGCAAUCAAGCUGUGAAGUUUGAAGGAGAGGAAAGUAGUGUACAGUUGGCCAUGGAGAAAAGAAGGGAAAGGAGAACAAAGAGAGAUAAUAAGAAGAAAAUUAUGAAAGGAAAAAUUGUACUUCCUGGAUCCAAAAAAGGGUUUUGUCUUUUGAAAAACCGUGACUCUUAACCUUAUUCUUUUGAGUCAUCAUUUAAAAAAAAAAAAAAAAUAUAUAAGGAGGGUAUGGGGCUGUUUUGGCAUUUGAUUUUAUUGACAUAAGAAUGGAGCGCAAGAGAGACAUUUGUGGAGCUCAAUUACGAUCAAGAUAAUAUGCUAUCAAAAUAUGACAGCAGAGCAAAAGUACUCUCUAAAAAUGAGCGAUGGAGAUCAAAUAUUGAUAUUGGUGGUGUCGGUGAAUGAUUGAUGCUUUACUUGUCUGCUUUUCAAUCACCUAUACUUUUUUCAUGUGCUCUGAAUUAUUUUCUCCUACUUUCCUGUAUUGUGGCCGACACUUUUCAAUAUCUCCAAAAUUUUUGAAUAUUCUAAUCAACCCACUUGUGCUCUGCUCUUGGUUUGACUUUGAAUAGUAGCAGAACCCAAAUUGAUCAUCAUAUUGCUCAGUAAUUCACGAACUUACCCAUCUUCUUCUUCCUUCAGUUCUUGCUUUGAUUUCACAAUCGAUCGAUCCAUGGAGGUUGCCGGGAUUUUACUGGGGCCGAUAAUUGAGGUGCUGCUUGACAAGCUGGUCUCUCGCACGGUGGCAAACCACGCCCGUCGCCAGGGAAUUGAUCGUCAGCUGAAGAAGUUGGAGAAAAUGUUGCCAGAUAUUCGUUCUGUUCUCGCCGACGCUGAGGAGAAGCAAACCACAAACGAUCGAGUCAAAUCGUGGAUGGAGGAUCUCAGCGACUUAGCUUACGAUUUGGAUGAUUUGCUGGACGACUUACAUACCGAAGCUUUGCGACUCGAGCUGAUCAUGCCGGAAUCUCAAGCUAGCAGCAGUACUAGCAGUACUAGUAAGGUAAGAAAGCUACUCAUCCCAACUUGUUGCACUACCUUCACUAGUAGUAGUACUCCUCCUAGUUCUGUUAAGCUUGAUCACAAUAUGAUGUCCAAAGUAGAGGAAAUCACCACCAGAUUAGAAGAUAUUGAAGACCGAAAGAAUAGUCUGGAUUUGAAAGAGAAUGUUGGAGGGAUUAAGUCCAACAAAGUUAGAGAAAGAUGGGAAACGACUUCUUUGGUCAAAAUAUCUGAUGUUUAUGGCAGAGAAGGAGAUAAAAUGGCUAUCAUCGAGUUGUUGUUGAGGGAUGAAGCUCAUGUUUCUGUCAUUCCCAUUGUGGGCAUGGGAGGAAUUGGUAAGACGACUCUCGCGCAGUUGGUCUACGACGACAAACUUAUAGAGGGUCGUUUUCAUCCCAAGGCAUGGGUUUGUGUUUCCGAUGAUUUUGAUGUGGUUAGAGUGACUAAGACGCUACUAACUCAGGUCACUUCACAAACUCGUAACUUUGAGGAUCUAGAUUCACUUCAAUGUACACUAAAGGAGAACCUGUUGGGGAAGAAAUUUCUUCUUGUUUUGGAUGAUGUUUGGAACGAGAAGUAUGAAGACUGGGAGCUCCUGCAACGGCCUUUUAUGUUUGGGGCACCUGGAAGCAAAAUUAUUAUCACAACUCGCCAUGGAGCCGUUGCAUCAACUAUGAGUCUGUCUCCAACUUACUCUCUAAAUGGGCUGUCGAAAGAUGACUGUUUAUCUUUAUUUGCUUAUCAUGCACUGGGGAGAGCAAACUUUGAUGCACAUCCGCGUUUGAAAGGUGUUGGUGAGCAAAUAGUGUUGAAAUGCAAAGGCUUGCCUUUGGCAGCAAAAACACUAGGAGGCCUCUUGCGCAACAAACCACUACAAAGAGACUGGGAGAAUAUAUUGAACAGCAAGAUAUGGGAUUUACCUGAACAAAAAAGUGGUAUUCUUCCCGCUCUUAGAUUGAGCUAUCAUCAUCUCCCAUCUCAUUUGAAGCAGUGUUUUGCUUACUGUGCAAUAUUUCCAAAAGACUACGAAUUUGACAAGGAUGAGCUAGUUCUGUUGUGGAUGGGGGUAGGUCUUUUGCAGCUAUCAAAAGAAAAGAAGUGCAUGGAAGAUUUUGGUGAUGAAUGUUUUGAUGAUCUAUUAUCAAGGUCAUUUUUUCAACAAUCAGGUGGCAGGAAAUCACGGUUUGUGAUGCAUGACCUUUUAAACGAUCUAGCUCUACACGUUGUUGGGGAUAUAUGCUUUCGGCUGGAAAAGGUGGAGGGUGAUAUGCAAUUUGAAAUUCCUAAAAGAGCUCGGCACUUGUCAUAUAUUCGUCAACUAUAUGAAGUCCUUCAGAAUUUCAGGCCUCUUUGCAAAGCGCAACAUUUGAGAACUUUUCUACCGUUGUCGGGCCAGUAUAGACAAUGCUACUUAGCAAACAAGGUUCUGCUUGAUUUACUCACAAAGUUACAAUGCCUAAGGGUGUUAUAUUUGUCUAAUUAUGCCAUAACGAAGUUACCAAACUCGAUUGGUGAUUUGAAACAUCUAAGAUAUCUUAAUUUAUCUUGGACUUUAAUUAGACAAUUACCUGAAUCAGUGAGUACCCUCUACAAUUUGCAAACGUUGUUACUGCGUGGUUGUCGUGAUCUUUGUAUGCUGCCCCCAAACAUUGGGAAUUUAAUUAACCUACAUCAUCUUGACAUUACUAAUACUCCACAAUUACAAGAGAUAUCCUCAGGGAUCGGUAAAUUGACCAAUCUGCAAACACUGUCAAAGUUCGUUGUGGGCGAAAAUAAUGAGCCAGGAUUAAAGGAAUUGAGGAAUUUGAGGCUCUUGCGGAGAAGUAUUUCUAUUACAAAGUUGCAAAAUGUAAUGGACGUUCAAGAUGCAAAUGAGGCGAAUUUAAAGGCUAAGCAAUACAUUGAAGAACUAGAGUUGGCAUGGGAUAGUGAGUUCAAUGAUGUUCAAAAAGAAAACCUUGUAUUGGACGUGCUCGACAAGCUACAACCCCACAAAAACAUAAAAGGACUCACAAUUAAGUUCUACAGGGGCAUAAAUUUUCCAAGUUGGAUAGGUCAUUCAUCAUUCUCUGAAAUGAUGAAGUUGACUCUUUUAGGGUGUAGAAAAUGCAGAUCUUUACCACCACUCGGGCAACUACCCAUGCUCAAAGAGCUACGCAUUGAAGGUAUGCAUGAAGUACAAACUUUGGGGGUUGACUUCGGACAUCCUUUUCCAUCACUCGAGAGACUGAUAUUUGAGGACAUGCCAUCAUGGAAAGAAUGGUCAUGUUCUAUUGGCGUUGAAGAAGGUGCAAGACAGUUCCCUUGCCUCCGUGAGCUCACCAUAUGUGGUUGUCCCAAUUUGAUUCAGGUGUCACUUUUGAGGCUUCCAUCACUUCAAAAAUUAGAAUUGGAACAAUGUCAUGAGUUGGCGCUAAAAGGUAUAGUUGAUUUGACCUCACUAAUCAGCUUGACAGCUAAGAAUAUUAUAGGGCUAUCUCGGCUCGAUGAAGCAUUAUUGCAGUCAUUGGUAGCACUUGAAAGUCUUGUGUUCAGAGAAUGCAACCAACUGAUGGCUUUAUGGAAAAACGGCGGGAGGGUUACACACAGAAAUAAUCUUGUCCGUCUACAGAGACUGAGUAUUUCAUCAUGCCCCCAACUUGUUUCCCUUGGAGAAGAAUUAGAUGAUGAAGAGCUGCCUUGCAUUAAUCUUGAGGAAUUGGAUAUAGAAGAUUGCGUGAAUCUUGAGAAGUUGCCAAAUGAUUUGAAUAAGCUGUCGUCUCUCACAUCCUUGAAGAUUAAGGGGUGUUCAAAACUUGUGUGCUUUCCAAAGGCUGGUGUCCCGCCCAUACUUAAAGAACUUCGGAUAGAGAAGUGCAAUGCGUUGAAGUCCCUCCCUGAUGGCAUCUCUGGUCUUGAAAAGUUGGAAAUUGAAGGAUGUUCAUCAUUGACGUCCUGGCCCACCAUCACAUUACCCACUGCCCUUAAGAGGCUUCAUAUUCGUGAAUGCAUGAAUUUGGAUUACUUCGGGAAGGUUUCGGAGACCACGAUGGUGCAGCAGCAGCAGGAGGAGGACUACUAUAACAACAUUAAUAUUAAUAUGUCAUCAUCAAUUGAAGAGUUAAGCAUCUACAAUUGGGCGAAGGUUGGAAUGCUACUACUUGAUGUUGGGGGGUGCGUUAAGAAUAAAAACAAUAAUUUCGCUAGUCUCCUUGAACUUGAGAUAUAUAAUUGCGAUGUCGUGGAGUCCUUGUCGUUUCCAGAAAGAGCCUUACCCAACCUCAAAUAUCUUGAUAUAGACGGUUGCGUGAAUCUCCGAUCCUUGGCUGCUACGACCAACAACAUUCUUCAAAGCCUCGAAGACCUUUUUAUCUGGAAUUGUCCUUGUCUUGAGUCUAUGCCGGAAAGAGGAGGCCGCUUGUCCACCCCCAACCUCAGAUGGCUUGGUAUCAAAGAUUGUUCAAAUCUGAGGUGCUUGCCAUUUUUUGAUCAGAAUCUUCAAAGCCUCGAAUCCAUCGGCAUAGAAGGUUGUCCAUGUCUUGAAUCUAUUCCAGAAAGUGGAGUCUGCUUGUCCACCCCGAACCUCAGACGGCUUUAUAUCAUAAAUUGUUCAAAUCUGAGGUGGUUGCCAUUUUUUGAUCAGAAUCUUCAAAGUCUCGAAUCCAUAAAAAUAGAUGGUUGUCGAUGUCUUGAGUCCUUUCCUCAAGGGAAUUUGAAUUUGGCCCCCAACCUAAUUGAGCUUACUAUACGUACUCGCGGGCAAGUACUGAAGCCAUUGGCAGAGUGGGGUCUGCACAGACUCACCUCUCUUCGGGUAUUCAGAAUUGAAGGUGGAUAUCCGGAGCUGGUCUCCUUUCCAUUUCCCGAAGAAGAAGAUGACAAGUCCUGUCCACUUCCUGCAACUCUAACCACAUUAUGCAUCCAAGAUCUUCCAAAUCUGGAAUCUAUAUCAUCAUCAUCAUCCAAAGGCAGUGGCGGUUCCCUCCAAAAUCUCACCUCUCUUCGACAUCUAGAGAUCAAUAAUUGCCCUAAGCUUCGAUCCUUGCCCAAGGAAGGCCUGCCUUCCACGCUUCAAAGUCUUCAACUAAUCCGAUGUCCACUUCUUGAAGAACGGUGCUUGGAGGACCAAGGUGACUACUGGCUCAACAUUGCCCACAUUCCCUGCGUCGAAAGAAGUUGACAAUAUAUGCGAGGAGCAGGCUGCCAUUUCGUGAUAUUGAAGUCAUUUUGGAGAAUGCGUAACCCCAGUAAAUUUCUUAUAUAUUCAACGAUUCCAAUCCUUUUGUAGAAGAUGUGAAUUUUUUUGGCAAUCUAGGAUGGUAUAGCUGUUCGUCUAAAGGGUCCAUCCAACCCUAACCAAGUUGAAGAUAGACAGCAUUUUUGAGAUCAUUUGUUAUCAUGCUUUUCCAAAUAAGCCAAGUCCAUAAAAAGAUUGGCAAUGAAGCUUGCACUUGCAAUCAAAAUCUCAGAGCUUCAUCCACCAAGGUCACCUUUUACGAGGCCCUAAAAGAUCUGACGGAAUAUGGGAAACGAAAAUGGAUGCUUAACCCAGAUUACCAUGUUAAUAGUUCUCUUGAGGGGCUCUUGUUGGGAGGAUUAGCCGGUGGUAUGUGUCUUUUCUAUGUUGCUUACUAUGUAGAAUGGUUACCUAGCACUGGUCCUGCCUAUGUGUAGUAUUGGAAGGUGAUGACUGGAUACAGACCUAAUCUUUGCUAUUAUUUUGCUAAAAGUGAUUGCUCUCAGACUUGUGAUAUAUAUCCAUAUUAAUUGAAAUUUCACACAUUCAAAAGGGAUGGGAACAAAGUAGUCCUAACGUGCUUGGUUAGAGAUUUUGCCAAUUUUAAGUUUGAGGCUGUUAGAAUUGGCUGAGGUUUUAUUAUAUACAUUUGGUCAUUGGCUUGUGUUUUUGGUUGAGAAGACAAAGCACAGGUGAUUCUAGAUCUAAUAUAGUUGUACACUCUUUAUGGUACAAUGGCUGGUUGGAUGCAUUUCAUAGGAUAUGGACGACUGAAGGCACAAGGGGAAUGUUCCGAGGUAGCAUCCCCAGAAUUAUAUGGUAUGUUCCAGCCUCUGCUCUUACGGUCAUGGCUGUGGAGUUCCUCAGGGACCAUUUCAACGAGGCAUUAAACGACGGUAAUAAGCAGAAAGUUGCAAGCUUAUCAACAACCGACAAAAAGAAGUCUUGCUUGCAAGAGGUGUCUUAAAGAACUACAGAAUUACAAUUUUUAUCUUUUCUUUGGUCGAUCGAGCGGAAACAUAAAGGCAAAGAGAAUGUAUCUUGAGAUAAACCUUCAAGGGAUGUAGUUUCUUGACAGUGGCUUUGUUCGAAUACGACCAAGCUAAUCAUCUAGUCCAUAUAGUGAUGGAAUUUCACAGAUUCGAAGGACACAACGAAUUGUAUUUGUCUGAUGAAAACCUCAGCUACGUUGAAUCAACGUAUCGGGAUCAUUGGAUUUGGCUUUGAAAAGUCUCCCUUGUUACACAUGUAGAAUUCGAACACAAGCAAUAAUCGAUUUUUUUUUAUCUUGUAGAAAAUAAAAAAUAAAAAAUAAAAAAUUCAUCAUGUUUUGGUCC